AUGCGGUUAAUCAAACAGAACAUCGAGAGAGAUGGCUCUGGCUCAGUUACGCUCUACCCCGAGGAACCGGAGGACAUGUGGCAUUGUUACAACCUCAUCCGACCGCAUGACCUCCUCAAGGCGAGCGCGAUACGUCGCGUUACCACCACUGCUACAACGGGGACGACAAGUUCCUCCCGCGUCCCUAUGACGCUACAAAUCCGUGUCAAGAGCUUGGAUUUUGACCCUCAGAGUUCCCAGCUCCAUGUCUCCGGCCAGAUCGUCGCGGAGACCCCGUACACCAAGAUUGGUCAGCAUCAUACACUCGACCUAGAACUACAGCGGAACUUUACGCUUGUGAAGGAGGUUGAACCCUCAGGAGAAGCGGGAGGUUGGGAUAGUGUAGCGAUUGAAAUGUUGAAGGAUGCAGUGGAUGAGGGAGGAGAUAGAAGGGCAGAAGCCGUGGCGGUGGUGAUGCAGGAAGGCCUUGCGCAUAUAUGUUUUAUAGGUCAAUUCCAAACGGUUCUGAAGCAGAAAAUCGAAUUAUCCAUUCCGCGGAAGAGGCAAGGUGGAAGCGAUCAUGACAAGGCGAUGACAAAAUUUUUUCAAACGACGCUUGAGACACUCAUGCGUCUGCUCGACAUCAAUACGACAUCCAGUCAACCUUCAUCUACAAGCUCUGCCAAUGGUACACCUACGAAGCCUAUUCUCCUCGCAUCCCCCGGCUUCACAGCAGCUGGGUUCCAAAAGUACAUCCAGUCUGCAGCGAAUACAUCCAUACCCGCCUUGAAACCACUACUACAAAGCAUUGUCAUCGUCCACUCCUCUUCUGGCCACAUGCACUCCCUUGCUGAAGUCCUUCAAUCCCCAUCCGUCCAAAGCCUCCUCUCAAACACCAAAUACGCUAAAGAAACCACUCUCAUGGACAAAUUCUUCGCCGAACUUCGCAGGGAGACCAACAAGGCUACCUACGGUCCGCGAGAGGUUGAAUCCGCAGUGGAACAGGGCGCAGUGGGCCGUGGAGGUGGAGUCCUAAUAAUAUCAAACCAGCUGUUUCGCGCCCAAGAUGUAGCUGAAAGGCAUAGAUGGGUGGCGCUGGUGGAUCGAGUGAGGGACGUGGAUGGCGGGGAAGUCCGAGUCCUUAGUUCCGAUCAUGAGAGCGGGCGAAGACUAGAUGGUUUAGGUGGCGUAGCGGCCCUAUUGACAUUUCCGAUUCAUGAAGAUGAUCAAGAUGAUGAGGGUGAGGAUGAGGGUGAGAAUGAGGGAUGA